AUGGACCAGGGAAUUGAUUUCUUUUUGGUUAAUCGGAGUCAUGUUGGGAAGUUUGCCGAAUUUGUGGGGGUUACUGCAAGUCAGGGGAAUCUUGGACCCCUUGUGAUCUGCACCAAAGUGACUAACAUCAUUGCUUUAUUAGACCCAUUUAAUCAUAGGCGCUGCUUUUCGAAUGCUGAGCAGUAUUGGAAGGCACCUUUUAAGGCUCUACUUUCAAGUAGACUGCUUGUGGAAUAUAUAGUGUUGGACAUUAAGACUGAUUCUUCUGCAGUCAUUGUUGGUGGCUCAAAGACACAUCUCGGCCAUCUUUUAAACCCCGGUGAUUAUGUCCUUGGUUAUGACCUAUAUGGUGCGAACAAUAACGAUAUUGAACUAGACAGGUACAAGGGUCUCGUUCUCCCAGAGUUGAUAUUAAUUAAAAAGAGCUAUGAAGAGAAACGUCAAAGGAAACAAAACAAACCUCGCUCAUGGAAACUCAAAUCUCCUCACAUGGAAAUCGACAAUUCUACUAGGGGCAGAGAUCACGAGGAAAAGAUGAAUGCAGAGUAUGAACCGUUCAAAAGAGGCUUGGAGGAAAACCCUGAAUUGAGGUUCAAUAUUUCCCUUUAUCGAAACAAAGAGUACCAGCCAUCAGAAAUGGCUUCCGAGAUUGGUGGAGAGGAUAUUCCUUCCAUUCCAAUAGAAGAAUUGCUUGCUAAUCUUGACUUAAGUGACAAGGAAAUGGAGAAUGGUAGCAUAAAGGAAUGA